AUGGCUUAUACAAGUGUUAGCAGGGAUUUGCCCGAUAUAGAGAACCUGCUUAUACUAAAUCCUCAAGUGCGGCACAAUGCCAGUGUUGUGCCCAGCGCUGUCACAAAGAGAGAGAAGAAACACUGGAAGAGAAACCAGGACAAAGACUGCUUGUCUUGUGAGGGCCUGUAUAAAAAUUUUGACGACAUAAAACACACGACGCUGAGUGAACGAGGAGCACUGAAGGAAGCUGCCCGCUGCCUCAAAUGUGCUGAUGCUCCUUGUCAGAAGAGCUGUCCAACACAGCUGGACGUCAAGCACUUCAUCAGCUGCAUCGCCAACAAGAACUACUAUGGAGCAGCAAAAGCAAUUCUGUCUGAUAAUCCACUUGGUCUUACAUGUGGGAUGGUCUGCCCCACAUCAGAUCUCUGUGUGGGCGGAUGUAAUCUGGCAGCAACGGAGGAAGGCCCAAUCAACAUUGGUGGCUUACAGCAGUUUGCUGUUGAGAUUUUCAAAGAUAUGAGGGUGCCACAAAUACGUGAUCCCAGCCUCACACCACUUGACGAGCUACCCGAGAGCUACAGAGCUAAGAUUGCAUUACUAGGCUGCGGUCCUGCUAGUAUCAGUUGUGCAACUUUUCUGGCCAGGCUUGGCUAUAACAAUAUCACCGUUUUUGAGAAGAAAUCCUAUGUAGGUGGUCUCAGCUCUUCAGAAAUCCCUCAGUAUCGUCUACCCUAUAAUGUUGUGGAAUUUGAAGUAGAGCUGAUGAAAGAUCUUGGAGUCAAGGUGAACACAGGGAGAUCUCUACACAAGAAUGAUAUAACAAUUACAUCUUUGAGACAGCAAGGUUAUCAAGCUAUUUUUGUUGGCAUUGGGCUUCCUGACCCCAAGAAAAUUGAUAUCUUCCGAGAUCUUUCCCAAGAUCAAGGCUUUUUUACCUCCAAAGAUUUCCUUCCAAGAGUAACUGAAGCUAGUAAAGCAGGGAUGUGUGCAUGCAAGUCCCAGCUUCCAGGCUUGUUUGGUAAUGUUGUGGUUCUGGGGGCAGGUGAUACAGCAUUUGACUGUGCUACUUCAGCACUGAGAUGUGGAGCCAGGAAGGUUUUUGUUGUGUUUCGUAAAGGGUUUACUAACAUCCGAGCUGUACCAGAGGAGAUGGAGCUAGCAAAGGAGGAGAAAUGUGAGUUUCUGCCAUUUUUGGCUCCUAAAGAAGUGAUUGUACAAAAUGGUAGGAUAGCAAGCAUGAAGUUUCUGAGAACAGAACAGGAUGAAGAUGGGCAGUGGAUAGAAGAUGAGGAGCAAGUUGUGAAACUGAAAGUGGACUUUGUUAUAUCAGCAUUUGGCUCAGGAAUCACUGAUGAAGAAAUCAAGAAAGCUCUGCAUCCUGUCAGACUCAACAGAUGGGGCCUUCCUGAAGUGGAAGCUACAACAAUGGCCACCAGUGAGGCAGACGUUUUCUGUGGUGGUGAUAUUGCUGGUGUUGCCCAGACAACAGUGGAGUCAGUCAAUGAUGGCAAAGUUGCCGCCUGGCAUAUGCACAAAUAUUUGCAGGGUAUCUACAGUUUGAGCACAUCAUCUGUUCCAAAUCUUCCAAACUUUCAUACACCCAUAGACCUGGUAGAUAUUUCUGUUGAAGUGUGUGGUAUCCGGUUCUCCCAUCCUUUUGGGCUAGCAUCAGCCACUCCCACAACAAGUAGUCCAAUGAUCAGAAGAGCAUUCCAAGCUGGUUGGAGUUUUGCUUUGACCAAAACAUUUGCUCUUGAUAAAGACAUAGUAACCAAUGUAUCACCACGUAUUGUUCGAGGCACCACCAGUGGUCAUGUGUAUGGCCCAGGUCAAAGUUCAUUCCUUAACAUAGAAUUAAUUAGUGAGAAGACUGCUGCCUAUUGGUGCCGCAGUAUCAGCGAACUCAAGGCAGAUUUUCCAGAUAAGAUUUUAAUAGCCAGUAUUAUGUGUGGUUACAAUGAGGCAGACUGGACAGAACUCUCUCAAAUGGCAGAAAAAGCAGGUGCAGAUGCCUUAGAACUGAAUCUGUCAUGCCCUCAUGGUAUGGGUGAGAGAGGGAUGGGAUUAGCUUGUGGCCAGGAUCCAGAGCUUGUGAAAAAUAUAUGUUUAUGGGUGAGAAGGGCUGUAACGAUUCCAUUCUUUGCAAAACUAACACCAAAUGUCACCAACAUUGUUGACAUUGCAAAAGCUGCAAAAGAAGGCUUGGCUGAUGGUGUAACUGCAACUAACACUGUAUCUGGGCUAAUGGGUCUCCGAAGUGAUGGUUCUGCUUGGCCAAGUGUUGGUAAACGAAAGCUAACAACAUAUGGAGGUGUGUCAGGAAAUGCUAUUAGGCCUAUAGCAUUGCGUGCUGUAUCAGCCAUUGCUCGCGAGUUACCAGGUUUCCCAAUACUAGCUACUGGAGGUAUUGAUUCAGCCGAUGCAGGACUGCAAUUUAUCCAGGCUGGGGCAUCUGUUUUGCAAGUGUGCAGUGCAGUUCAGAACCAGGAUUUCACAGUAAUAGAAGACUACACGACCGGGCUGAAAACCCUGCUGUAUCUGAGAGGGUUGGAUUCAUUUUCUUCUUGGGAUGGUCAAAGUCCUCCAAUUGUCAAACAUCAGAAGGGAAAGCUAGUAAUUCACCUGGAUCUUAACGGCCAUUCUUUACCUUCAUUUGGUCCAUAUCUGAAACAAAGGGAGACCAUUAUUGCAAAUCUAAAGAACAAACUGGACUUGCUUGAUGAUACCCAGAAGCCAGUCCCAAGUCGACCUGCACUACAACUAACAAAACCUGUGCCAAGAGUUAAGGAUCUCAUUGGGCAAGCUGUCAGAGGGAUCACAUCAUAUUCAGAGCUUGAUAACACUGAUCAAGUUGUUGCACUAAUUGAUGAGGACAUGUGUAUCAACUGUGGAAAGUGCUACAUGACAUGCAAUGAUUCUGGUUACCAGGCUAUCUACUUUGAUCCUCAGACACACCUUCCUCGGGUUAAUAAGAAGGACUGCACAGGUUGCACUCUGUGCCUGUCUGUGUGUCCAAUUGUGGAAUGCAUUAAAAUGGUGCCACUUGGAGAAGCCUACAGGCCUCGGCGAGGCAUUCCUCUGGGAAUUACAGUCCAGUAG